CACAGGGCGGUGCUUCAGAAGGACCCGGUAGCCUCCGCAUUAGUUGUCUUAACCUUUGAGAAGGAUGGGCCACCCACAUGGCAGUUAUUUUUUAUCAUUUUCUUCCACCAGAAAUUCAGAUUAUGCCUGGAGUUCUUCCAGAAAAAGUCUCUAGGAGUUUGUUUUCAGACGCAUCAGGCACUCAUCCGGGCAACUGGUCAAUCAGGGGGUCCUUUACUCCUGGCUCUGCAGGUUUAGGACAACGGGCAGAAGAGGCGGCCAAUCAGCUCCAUUGAGUAGCAGAAGGGCAGGGCUAGCCCUUAAAGGAGACGCGACCCGUUAGCAGACCGGAGGGUGACCUGGAUCAUGGCGGCCGGCGCGGCCCUAACCCUGGCCCUGUGGCUACUACUGCCGUCAGUGGGGGUUGGAUGGGCGGGCCCCCCGCCGAUCCAGGACGGUGAGUUCACGUUCCUGUUGCCCGCGGGGAGGAAGCAGUGUUUCUACCAGUCCGCACCGGCUAACGCAAGCCUCGAGACCGAGUACCAGGUGAUCGGUGGUGCUGGGCUGGACGUGGACUUCUCCCUGGAGAGCCCUCAGGGUGCGUUGCUGGUCAGCGAGUCCCGCAAGGCAGAUGGGGUGCACACGGUGGAGCCCACGGAGGCUGGGGACUACAAACUGUGCUUCGACAACUCCUUCAGCACUAUCUCUGAGAAGCUGGUGUUCUUUGAACUCAUCUUCGACAGUCUGCAGGACGAUGAGGAGGUCGAGGGCUGGGCUGAGACCUUGGGCUGGCCCGAUGCUGUGGAGCCAGAGGAGAUGCUGGAUGUCAAGAUGGAGGACAUCAAGGAGUCUAUCGAGACCAUGAGGACCCGGCUGGAGCGCAGCAUCCAGAUGCUGACCCUGCUGCGGGCCUUUGAGGCGCGCGACCGCAACCUGCAGGAGGGCAACCUGGAGCGGGUCAACUUCUGGUCAGCCAUCAACGUGGCCGUGCUGCUGUUGGUGGCUGUGCUGCAGGUCUGCACGCUCAAGCGCUUCUUCCAGGACAAGCGCCCGGUGCCCACGUAGCCCCUGCCCCAGAACCAGAGCUUCAAACCAGUUUGAGCUGGUUCAGUCAUGGCCAAUGUAGUGAAACAGGACAGACCCAAAGUUUUACAAUUUGGCAGAUUCGGCAUGGUACCCAGAAAUGGGAAAAAUUACGGGUCAAAACCUUAGAAUGGAAGGCUGAGAAGAAGGUGUAGUGAGCCCUUUCAGGAACCUGAUGCAUGAGACUGGAUUACUGGCAGGACUGUAGGAGAGCGACACACAUUCAAAGAGGUGCGGUCUGCUGAUUUCCUUGAGCAGGGCGCUGCCAUCUUUGAGUGGGGCAGCCCUGCUUUGGACUGUGCUCAAAAUCCAAGGGCAAGAGAUUUGGUUGCCAUGCAACAUGUACACUGCCCUUGUUCUCUAAGCCAAGAUUUAAGUUUCUAGCAGGGCUUUGACCCGUAAUUUUUUUUUCCUGUUCCGGCUAUCUUUCCGGUUCACCCUAACUUUAAAAAUUCGGGUCUUUUCUGGUGAUGCGUCCUCAGCCAUGAUUGAACUGGGCAGAACUGGUUCGAAGCCCUACCCAGAGCAAAUGCCAGGGGAGAGGAGGGCAGAGGGGUAUGAGACUUAGGGGUCCCUUCCCCAGCUUCGUGUGCCUCCUCACUUGUGAGGCUGAACAGGGAAAAUCCGCUGGCUUGCGGGCCUCAGCC